CAGGACUUUCACGACAUGAAAAUGCUAAACAUGGUAACUACAAUAUACCUCCUAUUCAAUGCUAUAUUUUGCCUGAAAAUACCAUUACUGAAUGGAAAGAAAUGUUGGUUCAUGCUAUCCACAAACAACUUCCUCUUACUUUUCGAAAGACUGGGAAACAAGUAAUCAAAUUUCCAUAUAUGGAGGGUCAAUAUUUAGAGCUUUUCAGGCAAUAUUUAACGUGUGUAUUUGUUCAUAAGAAAGCAUAUAGAUGUGUUUUUUCAGGAUCUGAUGCAUAUCAAACUAUUAGUUCGCUAUUAGGUGAUCAAUGUUGGAGU